AUGGCACCAAUCCAAGCGCUCAUUUUCGAUGUUUUCGGAACCGUCGUCGACUGGAGAAGUAGCGUCGUAGCCGAGCUGGAACUUGUGGGUAAGAAAUCUGGGGCGGAGAAAGCUACCGCCGACUGGGCCAGAUUCGCGCAGGAAUGGCGUACUGGCUAUAUGACCAAAACACGACAGAUUGCCGCUGGUGCCUCAGGCCCGCGCAACGUUGAUGUGAUGCACAGAGAGAUUUUGGAUGAACUGCUUACCCGGCCAGAGUGGAGCCAGAUUGGUGAGCUGUGGGACGAGAGUACUCGUCAGUCGCUCAACCUCGUAUGGCAUCGUCUGAACGGGUGGCCCGACUCCGUUGAAGGACUGAAAGAGUUGAAGAAACACACCAUUAUUGCAACUCUCAGCAACGGAAACGUUCGCCUAUUGACUGACAUGGCAAAGCACGCUGCAUUACCUUGGGACAUGAUUUUCUCUACAGAGCUCUUUGACACAUUCAAACCAAACCCAAAGGCGUACUUGGAAACCAUGCGUCAUCUAGCCGUGCAGCCUCACGAAUGUUUCAUGGUCGCCGCUCACAUCUUCGACCUUCGUGCAGCGGCCAGCCUCGGAAUGCGUACCGUUUAUGUUCCACGACCGGAUGAAGACGUGGUUGUGGAUGUAAAAAGCAAGGCGGAAGGCGGGGAAGUCGAUUAUGUCGUCAAAUCGUUUAUCGAACUUGCCCAAAUCAUUGAGCAGUUGAAUGCUUCAGGAUAG